CCGGGUUGUCGCAUUGAGGGCUUUAUUAUUCUAUAAAUCUACUGCUGCAAAGCUCGAAACGAGCGCUUUAACAAUGGCGGACGUAACCGCUCCUGAAGAACCCACAGAUUCGAAUCAUCAACGAGAAAAAGAUUCAACUCGCUCGGAGCCUCAUCCUGGUCCGUCUACCGAACAGACGCUUGUACAGCAGCAGUUCACAUCUUCACCAUCCAUUCAAACACCAAGCGCUAACCCUAGUACCCCGCCGCCGCCAUCUUUGAUCCAUCCUCCAUCGAUCCAGCCUUACCCCGCCCCAUCUUUCCGACCGGCGACGCCGCCUGCUCCAAUACCUUGUACUACUCCUCAAUUCUCCCCCAUUCCUAACCCUGCUUUGCAGCAAGCUCAUAACUAUCAGACACCUGGGGUUCCUCCCCCCGGAGUCAGCUCCGUGUCGCCGGUAGUGAUGGCAGCUCCUGCGGUGGCUCCGCCGGCUGGUGGUGCUGGUGGACAUCAGAUGGGAUAUGUUCAGUCUCCUUUUGCUCUGCCAGGGCAGCCAGUGAGAUCAUAUGCUCACUUACCAAAUGGCUAUCCAUCCAUGCCUCAGUCUCUUACCCCAGCUGGAACGCCCAUUCCAGUGUUUGGAUUGAUUUGGUGAUAGGAACCGGGUGGCUUCAUAUUGCAGUUCUUUAGAGACUACCCCAACUACUUAAAGUUUUGGUAUGCAAACAACUGCUUAGCUUACUUUUAAGUUGCGUGAAACUUCAUAGGAAUUAAUUAAGCAUGAUAACUCAUUACCCCACUGUACAAAUAUAAUUCCCCACCAUAUGUAAUGUCUGGUUGUGCAGUGAUCAUUAGUAGGCUUAAAAUAUUGUAGUAGUAAUGAUUCUCUUCCCCCCUUUGGUGGGAUGUUGAUUCUUGAUAUGCCGACAGAGGACCACUGUUAACAACUGACUGCACAUUGCAAUUUUAUACGGUUAUACCCCCAAGGUAUCACAAUCCUUUUUCAGUUUUUGCGUACCUAAUUGUAUUUCUUGCAUUCCUUAUGCUAUACACAAGGUUCGUAGUUAAUGACUGAUAUUUUCCAUAGUACACCAAAAAACAUAGUAAUACUGCGUCAUCAGUGGAAUUGAGAGUGAGACAUGGAAAGUCAGCAUCUCAUCUUACUAUUAUCAAAUCCUUACUAUGCAUGCAUGGGAUUUUGGAUAGUAUUUGAGAUUCAAUUAUUGUGAACAAAGUAUAAGCCAUAAGCAUGACAAGGUAAGUCCACCUAUAGCAUAUUCAUCAAGUUUUGUAAAUUCGACAAUUAUUGUCUUGAUGUUUCUUCAGGUUAUAUGUUGUUCAGCUGAUGAGUGUUGUCAUGCCUAUGGGUGCCAUCACUUAUUGCUUGUAAUGUUUGGUAACCAUAUAUUUGUUUAUUGUGAAAUUUUUAUGCCCAUUGCAUAACUUGUCUAUCCAAGCUUUGGUAAAUAUGAGAGCUCGCACUGAUAAAUUUGCAUAGAAUUCUUUGUUUGUUUUUUGCAGUUCUUCGUUACCCCUCACCAUAUGGUCCACUUGUUCGCCCAAUAUACCCUCCACGCCCACCAGUAGGUGUAGGUGUUAUUCCUCCAUUGAUGCGCCCUGUCAUUCGUGGUCCAAUCGUAGCUCCUGUUAUUAGGCCAGCCCCUUCACCAAUUAUUGCACAAACAGAUAAACCUCAAACAACAGUUUAUGUUGGAAAGAUAUCCUCAGCCGUGGAAAAUGAUUUCAUGCUUUCUCUAUUGCAGCUGUGUGGGCCUGUGAAGAGUUGGAAACGUGCACAAGAUCCGACAAAUGGAAUGUUAAAAGGUUUUGGUUUUUGCGAAUUUGAGUCAGCUGAGGGAGUUCUUCGGGCACUUCGGCUGCUUAGCAAAUUGAAAAUUGAUGGGCAAGAGUUGAUGUUAAAUGUCAACCAAGCAACCAGAGGAUAUCUUGAACACUAUGUUCAAAAGAAAAAAGAGAGUGCUACUAAACCCCAAGAUCAAGAUGCUGAAGGGGCUGGUAACAGGGAAGUAGAAGAAAAUGCAUCAGAUGCUGAAAAGAAAGAAGCUGCAAAAAAUGGUUCAGAAGACUCAAAGAACAAUGAAGAGAAGGAAAAUAAAGAAAACCCAGACCCAAACACCUUUGGCCUUGUCACCAAUGAAGAUAGCCAAGCUGACCAGGAGGCCUUGGAAAAGAUCACAAAUAUGAUAAGUGAAAGGAUAAAGAACAAACCAUUACCGCCACCUCCUCCACCUCCUCAGGUAUCAGCCGACGCUGGUGCAAGUUUGAAUGUGGAAAACCACUCUAAGGCGAGAGAUGUGGAAUCAGAUGCAACUGCUGUAGAAAGUGAAGGAAAAAAUGAAGAUGACCUGACAAGUGAAAGUAAGCCCUCAAGUGAGCAUGAUAAAGAUGAAACAUGCUCUCCUGAUCGCAGAAGGCAUGAUAAGGGUGGUAGAGACCGGGACCAGGAUAUGAAGCGGGAAAAGGAAAGAGAGCUUGAAAGGUAUGAGAGAUUGCGUGAACAGGAGCGGGCCAAGAGAGAAAAAGAGAGAGAGUACAAAAUUUGGGAUGAUGAGCGACGGUAUAAGGGACGAGAAAAGGAAUGGGAGUCUAGAGAAAGGGAGAAAGAGCGUCAGAGGAAGAGAGAGCGGGAAAGAGAAAAGGAAAGGGCACAUGAACGCAAGUUGGAAAUACUGGAACAAGAGAAUGAUGGCGAGGAUGGUUACAAAAGGAGGAAAUACAGAAGUAGUGAUGAGGAUAGGAAAAGAAGACAUAGAGAAAAAGAAGAUGAUUUGGCUGACCGGUUGAGAGAAGAAGAGGAAAUUGCUGAGGCUAAACGAAGGGAUGAAGAACAACAGCAAAAUAAAGAGCAAGAGGAGGCUUUAAGAAUGCUAACUGGUCAGGUAGCCAAUGGACAUGAAAGGGCCAUUUCGCCUGAGAAAAAUGAUCAUCCUGGAGAUGUGAGUGCUGUGGUUACUUCGGAUUUAAAGUCGCGUGAUGGUCAAUCACUCCAACACAAUGGUAUUGGUGGUGAUGAAGAAUCAGUAUGGGCUGACAAUGCUUCUGCAUCAGAUAUGAUGCAAAGUAGCGCUGCCCCAGCUAAAAAGUUAGGAUUUGGCCUACAAGGGUCGGGAAAAAGAGCUGCUGUCCCUUCAGUUUUUAACGAGGACGAGGAUGAGGAUGCACAAAAAGACAAAAAAAUGAGACCACUUGUCCCAAUUGAUUACUCAACAACCGAAGACCAGCGAGUGGAUCCUCCUAUCCAUGAUGUACCUUCUUUUCACUCAUCUGAAAAGCGUGUUUCCAAUGCUAAUGCCAAAGAGGGAAGGCCAGAUGGGGAGAAGGACAGAAGCAGAAGGUCAAAUGAAAGAUAUAAUAUCCAUCGGGGGGAACAUGAAAGGCACGAUGAAGAUAGCCGAAGGCAAAAUGUUGAUCAUAGGCCUGAUAAAGUGCGGACCCCAGAUAAUCAUCAGAAGCUUUUAGAUGCAAAGCAAUUGAUCGACAUGAUCCCGAAGACUAAACAUGAAUUGUUCUCAUACGAGAUAAAUUGGGCAACCUAUGAUAAGAAUGAACUGCAUGAAAGAAUGAGACCGUGGAUUGGAAAGAAGAUAAAAGAGUUUCUAGGAGAGGAGGAACCCACUUUGGUAGACUAUAUAGUCUCGAGCACUCAAGAGCACGUCAAGGCAACUGAGAUGCUGGAGAGACUGCAAGCUAUAUUGGAUGAGGAAGCUGAAAUGUUCGUUUUGAAGAUGUGGAGGAUGCUCAUCUUUGAAAUCAAGAAAGUUGAAACUGGUUUGGCUUCGAGGUCUAAGUCCUAAUUUUUUCUUCACGUUCUUUUAAAUAUAUUGUUUUGUUGUCAUCAAGGGAUAUAUCAUUUCACUAUUUUUCUACUUCCGUCUCCGUUUUCCUCCCAUUAUGGUUAUGCCUCUUGUGCAAAAUCAUAUCAUUAGUGACCGGAAUUUUGGGAAAAUACAGACAAUAAUACUUUGGUCAUUUUGAAUUGCCCACCCCUCUUUGGUAUACUUAUUUACUUUGCCUUAAAAUUAACACAAAAG